CAAUUGAUUGAGGACACAUGGUGGAUGCUGGAUUGCAUUGAGAGUGUGAAACCAAUCGAGGCCUGCAGCUGCGACGGCUUCCCAGUCGGUCGUUGACGAACGCAUUUGAUAUAGCCCGGCCAUCGACAUUGUUGUCCUUGGUAGUCGGCGCUCCUCCCCUUCUCUUGACCUUUCUCGUGCCUGCAUCGCCGCUCAAGAUGCGCUUCCUUUCCGUCCUCGUGGCCUCCCUCGUCUCGGCCGGCGGCGCCCUCGCCGCCAAGAAAGCCGCCGUGGAUCGCUUCCAGGACUUCCGCACCAAGUCGCAGGCCCAGAACCCCGUCAAGCUCGAUGACAACCUGUACAGCCGCCUCACCAACUCAAAGAGGGACUACAGCGCGGCGGUCCUGCUGACGGCCAUGGACGCCCGCUACGGCUGCCAGCUGUGCCGCGAGUUCCAGCCCGAGUGGGAACUGCUUGCCCGCAGCUGGUUCAAGGGUGAUAAGAAGGCCGAGUCUCGCCUCAUCUACGCUACCCUGGACUUUAGCGACGGCAGAGACACCUUUAUGAGCCUGGGGCUCCAAACCGCUCCUGUCCUGCUGUUCUUCCCCGCAACCACUGGCCCGCACGCCGCCCCGAGCGGCGAGCCGAUCCGAUACGACUUCAACACUGGCCCCCAAACCGCCGAGCAGGUCCACGGUUGGAUGAGCCGCCACCUCCCCGACCGGCCUCACCCGCAGGUCAGACGCCCGAUCAACUGGAUGCGCUGGGUCACCAGCACCAUCAUCGUGCUCGGCACAUCGACCGCCGCCGUCCUCGCAUGGCCCUACGUCGUGCCCAUCAUCACGAACCGCAACGUCUGGGCCGGCCUGACCAUGAUCGCCAUCCUCGUCUUUAUCAGCGGCCACAUGUUCAACCACAUCCGCCACGUGCCAUAUGUCUCUGGCGACGGCCGCGGCGGUAUCUCGUACUUUGCCAGCGGUUUCCAGAACCAAUUUGGCCUAGAGACGCAGAUUGUCGCUGCCAUGUACGGUGUCCUCUCUUUUGCCGCCAUCUCGCUGGCUGUGAAGGUGCCCCGGAUAGCCGACGUGAAGCUUCAACAGGUUGCCGUAGUCGUCUGGGGCGGCGUGCUUGUCGUCAUGUACAGCUUCCUGCUGAGCGUCUUCCGCAUGAAGAACCAGGGCUACCCCUUCUCGCUCCCUCCCUUCAUGUAAAAGGCGUGGCAGCUCAGGCGCUGCUGGGCACGAGGUGUCAUUUGCUCUUGGCCGGGGCGCCCAUAAACUGCUCUUCUAGCGAUCCUUUCCGGAUGGCAACUACGUUUUGUUUGUUUCGAUUGUGGCGAGUGGAUCUCCAGAAGGCUAGACAAAAUGAAAACUAACCAACCACAUACUGCAUGCCGUGCCAAUACGACGGCGGCUGGAUGUCUCUAUGGGAAGAGGCAAAAAAACGAUGAAUACAUUCCCAUGACCUGUUCAUCUUCUCAGACACUCGAAAUAUCUUUCCCUGGCUCACUACAGCAGUGUGACGUGCUUUGGCCAAGAUUCCCAACCAUCAGC